CCAUGCCCCGCAACCACGGGGGAGGAGAUGAGGGCGGCUCCGCCGGGCUCUGGCUGAAGAGCAGCGCGGCGGCGGGCGGGGGGCGCCUGGCUACGGGCAUGAAGGAUGUGGAGGCGGGCCGGGGCCGCGUGCUCCUGAACUCGGCUGCCCGCGGGGACGGCUUGCUGCUGUUGGGCACCAGCGCCGGCGCGCUCGGCGGCGGCGGCGGCGGCGGCGGCGGUGGCUUCAGGGAGAACCGCCGGGCGAAGCACGGAGCCCGGAUGAGCCUGCUGGGGAAGCCGCUGGCUUACAACAGUAGCCAGAGCUGCAGGAGGAACGUCAAGUAUAGGCGGCUGCAGAAUUAUCUGUACAACGUUCUGGAGAGACCCCGAGGGUGGGCGUUCAUCUACCACGCGUUCGUUUUUCUCCUUGUUUUUGGUUGCUUGAUUUUGUCAGUGUUUUCUACCAUCCCCGAGCACACAAAAUUGGCCUCUAGUUGCCUCUUGAUUCUGGAGUUUGUGAUGAUUGUCGUCUUUGGUUUGGAGUUUCAUCAUCCGUAUCUGGUCAGCUGCUGCUGCUGUCGCUACAGAGGAUGGCAAGGAAGAUUGCGAUUUGCCAGAAAACCAUUCUGUGUGGUAAAUACCAUUGUUCUCAUCGCUUCAAUAGCAGUUGUUUCUGCAAAAACUCAGGGUAAUUUUGCAACAUCCGCACUCAGAAGUCUUCGUUUCCUACAGAUCCUCCGUAUGGUGCGUAUGGACCGAAGAGGAGGAACGUGGAAAUUAUUAGGUUCAGUUGUCUAUGCCCACAGCAAGGUAAGAAUUAAUCACAGCUGGUACAUAGGAUUUUUGGUUCUUAUUUUUUCAUCUUUCCUCGUCUACCUGGUGGAAAAGGAUGCAAAUAACAGUUUUACUUAUGCAGAUGCUCUCUGGUGGGGCACAAUCACAUUGACAACAAUUGGCUACGGAGAUAAAACUCCCCUAACUUGGCUUGGAAGAUUGCUUUCUGCAGGAUUUGCCCUCCUUGGCAUUUCUUUCUUUGCGCUACCCGCUGGUAUUCUUGGCUCAGGGUUUGCAUUAAAAGUGCAAGAACAGCACCGCCAGAAACACUUUGAGAAAAGAAGGAAUCCAGCUGCCAGCCUAAUCCAGUGUGUAUGGCGUAGUUAUGCAGCUGAUGAGAAAUCAGUUUCCAUUGCUACCUGGAAGCCUCAUUUGAAGGCCUUGCAUACCUGCAGUCCUACCAAGAAAGACCAAGGGGAAACAUCCAGCAGCCAGAAGCUAAGUUUUAAAGAACGGGUACGGAUGGCUAGCCCAAGAGGUCAGAGUAUCAAGAGCAGACAAGCAUCAGUGGGAGACCGUCGAUCGCCAAGCACGGACAUUACAGCUGAGAGCAGCCCAACCAAAGUGCAGAAAAGCUGGAGUUUCAAUGAUCGAACUCGCUUCAGACCUUCCCUGCGUCUUAAAAGUUCUCAGCCAAAGCCAGUAAUAGAUGCUGACACUGCUCUUGGAACAGAUGAUGUAUAUGAUGAGAAAGGAUGUCAAUGUGAUGUUUCAGUAGAAGACCUCACACCACCACUGAAAACUGUCAUUAGGGCCAUCAGAAUUAUGAAGUUUCAUGUCGCAAAAAGGAAGUUUAAAGAGACAUUACGUCCCUAUGAUGUGAAAGAUGUUAUUGAACAGUACUCUGCUGGACAUCUGGAUAUGCUUUGUAGAAUCAAAAGUCUCCAAACACGCGUUGAUCAAAUUCUUGGAAAAGGGCAAAUCACAUCAGAUAAGAAGAGCCGAGAGAAAAACACCGCAGAGCUGGAAACCACGGAUGACCUCAGCAUGCUAGGCCGUGUGGUCAAGGUUGAGAAACAGGUACAGUCUAUAGAAUCAAAACUGGAUUGCCUACUAGACAUAUAUCAACAGGUCCUAAGGAAAGGCUCUGCGUCAGCCCUGACUUUGGCUUCAUUUCAAAUUCCACCUUUUGAAUGUGAACAAACAUCCGAUUAUCAAAGUCCUGUGGACAGCAAAGAUCUGCCCAGUUCCGCACAAAAUAGUGGCUGCUUAUCCAGGUCAGCCAGUGCCAACAUCUCUCGAGGCCUGCAGUUUAUACUUACACCAAAUGAGUUCAGCACUCAGACUUUCUACGCUCUCAGCCCAACUAUGCAUAGCCAAGCAACACCGGUGCCAAUGAGUCAAAGCGAUGGACCAGCAAUGGUGGUCACCAACAACAUUACAAACCAAAUACACCAGGUGACCAAGCCGGUGGCCCCAACUACCUUACAGAUCCCCCCUCUCCCAGCCCUCAAACAUAUCCCCAAACCUGAGCCCAUACAGAUUAGCCCUGCUACCGUGCAGGAGAGUAUUUCUGAUGUCACUGCCUGCCUUGUUGCCUCAAAGGAAAGUGUUCCAACUAUACAGUCAAAUCCAAUCAAGGAUCGGUCCCUGAGAAAAAGCUUUGACAUGGGAGGAGAGACCUUGCUGUCUGUUCGCCCUACAGUGCAGAAGGAUUUGGGCAAAUCAUUAUCUGUACAAAACCUAAUCAGAUCGACGGAAGAACUUAAUGUGCAGCUUUCCGGGAGUGACUCUGGGGGCUCCAGAGGAAGCCAAGAGUUUUAUCCCAAAUGGAGAGAGUCCACUUUAUUUAUAACUGAUGAAGAAGUGGGCCUAGAAGAGACAGAAACUGAGACUUUGGAUAGCAUUUCUCAGCCUGCCAAGGAAACAUCUUUCCCUUCUGACUCUCUCAGGACUGGAAUGUCAAGAUCAUCUCAAAGCAUUUGUAAGGCAGGGGAAAGUCCAGAUGUACUCAGCUUGCCUCACGUCAAACUUAAAUAAUUUCUUGAUUUUCUUUCUAGGCUUAGCACUUCCUUUAGCCAUACAUAUCAUUGCAUGAACUAUUUUGAAAGCCCUUUUUAAAAGAUAAAAUAAUGAGAAUCAGGAAGAAUAAGAAAGGCAGUUUAAGAGCCCAUUAUCUUCUAAUUGCAUGAAAAUGCAUGUUUCAGAGAUGGCUGAAAUUCCAAGGUAUACCUACAUUAACCCAUUCAUUUAAUAAUAAGGUAACAGAGGUUAAAAUCCUGAGGGGAAAAAAAAUCUUACACAGCUAAUGCUAUGGGCUAGACAAAACAAAAAUUUGAGCAUUUACAAAAAUUAAUAUUGUAUUUUGAAAGUAUGGAAGUAAACAUCUUCAAAUUUAAGGCACUUUUGCUUCAUGGUUAAAUACAAAAAUGUUAUUUUCAAAACUGGGCCAUUGUGUAUGUUUAUAACCCAAAAGACUGUUUCCAGCUACUGGCAAGAUACCAAGAAAAGCAUAUGCAGGAAUAUUAGAAAUGGCUACCAUUGCAAGACAUGUCAGGUCAUUUCUAGGCCAUCAUUUAUCCCUUAAUGUAGUUUAGAAUGUUGAUUUCUGUAAUUCUGGGGUGACUUAGUAUUGCGAUAAAUGAGUUUAUACCCCACUUCAGGUUCUUUGCCCUAAGAAUAGUCUUUUUCUAUGAAAUGUGCAAAUAAAAAGGUUCAGGACCAGUUAGCAAAGCAAACUGACCCAGUGAUUGGGGAUAUCAGGUUUAGUGAAAGAAAGCUCUUCCUUGAUAAUUGAAUCAACUGUGGCCAACCCAAUUGAUUGAUUCCAGGAUUUGGGCUGUAGCAACAACUGGCUUCUUUCUGCACAAUCAACCCACUCAACCAUGGGAUAACCCAGACUGGCCAGGAAGACGGCCAAAGUUAACUGAUCUGACUGCUACACAGUCCAGCUAUUUCAAUCAUGGGGACACAGCCUCCUGCCAAGUCAUGCCAAUGCUGUUUUUAAAUUCUUCUGAGACUAAUGUGUUUUAACAUCAGGGUCUAUAAGGAAAUGGGAGAUAGUACCUAUUGUUCCUCCUCUCCCAAAGGGCCUGUUUCUUUCCCACAAAACUGACAGUGGUAUCACACACACACAUACACACACACACACACACACACAGGAGAUAGAGAAUUUAGUGGGGCCUGAAGUAAAACAAGAGGUGAAUAAAAUGAAAAGAAACAACCAGGAAAGGUGAAAAUAGUGGCUUGAUGGGGGGGGGGGGGAUCCAAAAGGAGGAGUUAGCAAAACAAAACAAACCAAUGAAAAAUAUAUAGCAAAAGCAAAUCAAAAGGAUAAAAGAGCGGUGUUACUUGAGAAUUCUUACAUUUUUCCAAUAUUUGAUGGGUUCGACAUGCAGAUCAUUCCCCCCUCCAUAUCUUUUGUAGAGGGGGACUAGGUCUCCUCUCACCAAAAUAGAAGUGCAGUGGCCAUUAAAGGGCUCCAUCUCAAUUCAUAUGGACACACGAUUUAACCUACUCCAUUUUUCCAGCAUGGCCUGGUUAGUUUGCCCCACUGUCAGGCACCAAUAUGGUGGGCCCCUGACAUGAUUGGGAUACCAGAUCAGCUUAAUGCAUUGCAGUAAUCCACCAGCUUCAAUCUACCCAACUGCGAGGAUUAUAAGUAUGCAUGACUACUUUGGGCUCAAAUCAUUCCCUUUUCAUAGAAAAAAAAAAGUGAGAUCAUUUGGAAGCCUCUUCAUUGUUGAAUAUUCCUAGUUGCCUUUCUUCAAUGCCCAGAGAAUAAUUUGCUCUAAUGGGGAGGGGGGGGGCAAUGUACAUUCUCCAUAUAAAUGUCUAAAUGCAAGCUGCCUCAAUGUUUUAUACACUAAGGAAAAGUUUGUGUAAUGUACAAGAAUGCCACCAUGAACCUGGGAGCUUGGAUCCUCUGCUGUGAAAAUUCAGUCCAAAAUCUGCCCGGGGGGGGGGGGGGCAGCUAGGUGGCACAGUGGAUAAAGCACUGGCCUUGGAUUCAGGAGGACCUGCAUUCAAAUCCAGCCUCAGACACUUGACACUAGCUGUGUGACCCUGAGCAAGUCACUUAACCUUCAUUGCCCUGCCCCCCCCAAAAUAAAAUCAUCCAGGACUAGAAGGGUCUAAGAAUCAAAAUACAUAAUGCAACAGAAACCCAGCAAAGAGUCUAAAGGGAAAGUAAAGAUGAGAAAGCCAUUUUAUCAGAGCAAAAGAGCCCUUUUCUCAGUAACAGAAAGAAAGCAUUCAUUACCUGUGGGAAACCAGUGUAAUAAGGCACCCAGAGUAACAGGAGGAAUCCCAGACCAUCUAUCCCAACUAAAUUCAAAGGGCAAGGAAAAGAGGUAUUGCUAAGAGCAUCCCAAUAUGGAAGCUGGACUAAGUCUACUUCCAGCCACAUAUGCACUCAGAAAUAGGUUCUGCUUUGGCCUCUCCAGACUGCAGUUAAUUCCAUCAAUCAACGUUUCCCUUUGACAGUCACUGUAUAUGGCAGCCAAGGGCUCAGAGCACUAGUGGAAGAGGGUAGGCCAGUGGCCAGAGGGAACAUAAAUGGAUUGUCCUCAGACUGUGUCUAAGAUUUUUUUUUUCCAUAAAAUUCUUAGAUGCCCUGUAACCAAUAUGUGUGUUUCACAGAUAAUAGCAAAUUAGGCUUUCUUACCUAGCCCCUUCACCUCUUUCUCUCACUUAGUUUUUUCAGUUUCAAGACCUGCUCAUAGACCUCCUGUCCUUAUUUCACUUCUAAACCCCACCCCCAUUCAGCUUAACUACUAGGCUAACCAAGCCAGAUCUCUGCCCUACCUUCAGCCUCACAUAUGGGCUCUCAAUAUUAAUGGAGUUAUUAACAAAUAAACAAUUAGCAAAUAUUAAUGGAUAGGAGGGGGGAAAUAGGAGACACAACUUUCAGGUAGCACUGAUUUCUGGACAAUCUGUCCUGGAUCAAACCCCCACUGGCAGCAAGAAUUCUGAAUGUAUGGGGACAUCUACCUAGGCCUCGGGUUUGGCACAAUUUGACCAUAGGUGUGCAUAGUGUUGAAGCCAGGUGUGCCGGCACAUCUAGCCUAUAAUCUGUACAUGCCUAUGAAUUUAACCCUAGGGCCAGACCUGGUUAGAAUUUAAAAUUCAUUUAAGAAAAAAUAAAAAAAAUCACUUGUCCCAGCAGUCUUAAUCAUGGCUAAGCUCUGUAAACUGUAUUGUGAAGAACUUGAACUGUUUACUUUGAAUAUGUGAUCACCGCUGCCUCCAUCUUUCUUUUUACACGAGAAUUAUUGGAUAUUACAUGACAGAUUUAUUAUGUGAAAGUAUAUGCAUUCUGUAGGAUUGUAUAUAAUGUAUUGCUGUCCAUGGAUCCUAUGGGAAAUGGGUGAUGGUCCCAGAUUUAUACUGGGACAAAUUCCAGUUGGAAAAUUCCACAGGGUCUCUUGAAGCACAAUUAGCCAAGCACUGAGUAACCAUUUGACUUUUUCUAAAUUUGAAUUUUCCUACUUUCUUUUAUGUGUCCAUCUGGACAUGAUAAUAUCUGAUCACAAACACUACUUUUGUGUAGUUGACCAAGGUUUUCAAACAUUUCAGAUCUCUCACAGGAGAUCUGGUCCAUCUGGACCAAUUGGCAGUUUUCAAAUAGUGUUCAAACCAACUUUAUCAAGCUUUUGAGGCUUUGUUUUUGCUUGUGUUUUAAGGUGCCUUCCUCAUUUCCCUUUUGAUUCCCACAGAGGUCAGAGAGUUCUAAAUCUACAGAUAGGAGAAAGUGAAUGGAAAGGAGAAACUUGGGCUUACAGAGCCCAAUUCUCUGGUUAGUUAGUGAGGAAGAACUGUGACUUAUGGUGAGAACUGGGCAGAGGGCAGCUAAACUAAUGAGUUUACCCUUAGGCCUUCCUUUCAUUUAACAGGAACAAGAAAGGGUUAUUCACAUUAAUUUAUCUCACAAAAGUUGGUAUUUUCGCCUUAAAUAACAUGCUUGUGUUCUCUUAAGAGUAACUUAAUUUAUUUAAUAUAAUUGUGUGCACUUCAAUGAGCAUUUCUAAAAUUCAUGUAUGACAAUGGAAUUGUCUUUUUCUCAAGAACAAAUAAAUCAGGAAUAUCACAACCGAUUCAGGUGACUGUUGAAAUCUAGUUGCCUCUUUCACUAUCAUUUAAGGGUCAAGAUUACUUUGCUUUUUUUAAUGGAAGGAUUUAAAGAUAUCUCUACAAUCAUUUUGACAAGGUUUUUCUGCUGAAUUGGCUGGAUGGUUGGUUAAAUUCACUGAUUAUUUCAAUCUAACUACACUUCUUUGUUUUUAAUACUGUCUCUCUCUAUAUCACCUGUGGGCAACUCCAUCUCACUCAAUUCCACUAUGGUUGAUCAGAGAGCUCUGAUCUAUCCUACUUCUGACCCGGAUGAUACAUUCUUCCUUAGGCAACUUAGUGCCCCAUCUCUACACCAGGACUUAUCUUACUAAUGUAGAACUUAGUGUGGUCACCUACCUCAUAGCAGCUCAGAACUCAAGAAAUCUACAAAGCUCAGCCUCCCUGGGUUGCAGGCCACCAUGCGUCUUAAAGAAUAUUGUCUGGGGGCAGCUAAGUGGCGCAGUGGAUAAAGCACUGGCCCUGGAUUCAGGAGGACCUGAGUUCAAAUCUGAGCCUCAGACACUUGGAGAACCAGCCUUGGAAUCAGGACAACCUGGGCUCAAGUCCUCUUGUGUGACUAUGGAAAAGUAACAAUCUCUCAGAGACAAAGCUCUAAGACUAUAAAUCACAGAAGAAUAGCCACUCCGCAUUCAAAGAGAGUCUCUGCACAGAGAUAAAAAUCACAGUUCUCCCUCCAAUCCUCAACAAAAACAGUCAAUUCACUAAGUAUUUGGUGGUCAUGAAAGUAUUUUUAAGGCAGGGACUUUUAUUUUGGAGCAAAACUGUAUUAGUUUAAACGUAAUCGCACUUUAUUUACCAACUGUUAAGUAGUCUACUUUGAAAUUCUUCGUGGCAAUAGUAUCUGCUGAGCAUAUGAACCAACCA